AAGAAAAUGUUUACCAAGAACAUAAGUAGUUAGAAAAGAAAAGCAAAAGUCUUUAAAGCGACACGAUGGUUUCUUUCACGUUUACAAACAAGGAUACGCAACGGUCGUCCACAAAGUUUGAACUCGGCUUCAAAAUGAGUCGAUGGGAGGAAGAAGACUCGUCAUGGCUCUCUGAUGACAGCUGCACCGGGGAAGAGAAUGACUGCUGCACCGGGGAAGAUAGUGAGAGCUGUGCUGAAGAAUCAAACGAUGGCUCAUCUGGGGAAGAGAAUGACAGCUGCACCAGGGUAGAAACUGAAUGCUGUGCUGAGGAAGAAAAUCAAAGCUCAUCUGGGAAAGGCACUGAAAGCUGCACAGAGGAAGACCAUGAAAGCUGCACAGAGGAAGACAAUGAAAGCUGCACAGAGGAAGACAAUGAAAGCUGCACAGAGGAAGACAAUGAAAGCUGCACAGAUGAAGACCGUCAAAGCUGCACAGAGGAAGACAGUGAAAGCUGCACAGAUGAAGACCAUCAAAGCUGCACAGAGGAAGACAGUGAAAGCUGCACAGAGGAAGACAGUGAAAGCUGCACAGAUGAAGACCGUCAAAGCUGCACAGAGGAGGACAAUGAAAGCUGCACAGAGGAAGACAGUGAAAGCUGCACAGAGGAAGACAGUGAAAGCUGCACAGAUGAAGACCGUCAAAGCUGCACAGAGGAGGACAAUGAAAGCUGCACAGAUGAAGACCGUCAAAGCUGCACAGAGGAAGACAGUGAAAGCUGCACAGAGGAAGACAGUGAAAGCUGCACAGAUGAAGACAGUCAAAGCAGCACAGAGGAAGACAGUGAAAGCUGCAACGAGGAAGUGACAGAAAGCCAUUCAUCAGUGGAUGAUCCUUCGCUUAGGAGCAACAGAAACCCGGUUCACAAGACCCCCUACGUGAUGUACCACGGGACCACAAGGAAGGCUGCUCUAUCCAUUAUCAAGAAAGGAUUCAGACCAUCGGCAGACGGCAUGCUAGGCCAAGGGGUUUACAUCAGCCGAGACUUCAAGAAAGCCAGCCGGUACCCACAUGGGACCCCAGAGAGGAAAAACGCAGUCCUGAAGCUUCGCGUCAACGUCGGCAGGGUUAAGAAGAUAGACAGGCAGGGGCACCCCAUGCAGAAGACCUGGCACGACCACGGCUACGACUCUGCCUGGGUCCCUCCGAACUGCGGGAUGGUACCAAGCGGGCUGGAGGAAGACUGCAUCUGGGACCCCAAAAGGAUCACAGUGACAGAAGUUAUCCUGCCUGAGAAGUACAUGCAUCGUACAUACUGCUGCGUUAGGAUGAGCGAUCUCGAACUUCAGUAUAAACCCAAAGGGUACGAGUUUCUCUUGCCUCACACUGAGAGAUGUUCUAGGUGGCUAAUCCAAAGGCAUGGAUUCAAACAGUACGGUGGCGGCAUGCUGGGUCGGGGGGGGUUUAUGUCAGCCGAGACUUUAACAAGCAGGUACCCACUCGACUAUCCAGAGGAAGAAAAGAGGGUCCUGAAACUGAGGGUCAGUGUCGAUCAUUCCACUGCCAGGUUUGAAGCCAUCCCUCUCCUAAGCUGCAAGAUGAGCAUGUGGGCUGAAGAAGAUUCCCCCUAUUUUGUUGAAGCUUGCCUUCAGAGUUAUGCAGAACCGCAAGAGGGGAAGCUCUACACCAUGUACCAUGGAACCACGAAGGAGGCUGCUGAAUCCAUCAAGAGAUGCGGAUUCAGACAGUCAGACGAGAGGGGCAUGCUGGGUCGGGGGGUUUAUGUCAGCCGAGACUUUAACAAGGCCAGCAGGUACCCACUCGACUGUCCAGAUAAAGACAAGAGAGUGCUGAAACUGAGGGUCAAUGUCGGCAGGGUUAAGAAGAUAGACAGGCAGGGGCACCCCAUGCAGAAGACCUGGCACGCCCACGGCUACGACUCUGCCUGGGUCCCUCCGAACUGCGGGAUGGUAUCAAGCGGGCUGGAGGAAGAUUGCAUCUGGGACCCCAAAAGGAUCAAAGUAAUGGAGGUGAUAAAACCGAAGAAUGAGAACUCACUUUACGCACAACCGCUAGAGGGGAAGCUCUACACCAUGUACCACGGAACCACGAAGGAGGAUGCUGAAUCCAUCAAGAGAUAUGGAUUCACACAGUCAGAUGACGGCAUGCUGGGGCGGGGGGUUUAUGUCAGCCGCGACUUUAACAAGGCCAGCAGGUACCCACUCAACUAUCCAGAUAAAGACAAGAGAGUGCUGAAACUGAGGGUCAAUGUCGGCAGGGUUAAGAAGAUAGACAGGCAGGGGCACCGCAUGCAGAAGUCCUGGCACGCCCACGGCUAUGACUCUGCCUGGGUCCCACCGAACUGCAGGAUGGUAGCGAGCGGGCUGGAGGAAGAUUGCAUCUGGGACCCUGACAGGAUCACAGUGGUUGAGGUCAUCAAACCUAAAAAUCAAGGGUCAGCUCAGUACCCUAGAUUCGGCUACAGUGUUUAGGUUUAAUAAUCCAGAUUUCAAUGUAAAGUAAAUGGGAAUGGUCUCCACUAUUUCAAACUGUAACUGUUGAGUCUCAAACAAAAAUGAUUAAAGAUUUUGUUAAUACCAAAGAGUAUUGUGGGUUUAUUCUUCUGGGAGCAAGUAAUAAACGUGAAGUGAUGCAAACCAUAAAUACUGCACUUACAGAUCUUUCUUUCUUUCUUUCCUUCCUUCCGAGUUUUUUUUUUGGUUUGGUUUAAAAAUCAUAGUCCAUCUUUAUUUCCUUACCUGUUGUAUUUUAUUAACAUGUUUUUUCUGCAUCCACAAAAAAAAAAAAAAAAAAAAAAAA